UGUGCCUGGCCCUGUCACCUGUGGGUUUGGUUCAGCUCCGGGAAGGCGCCCAGCUCCUCCCUCUCUGGGAAUCUGAACAUCCGUGGGAGUGGGCUGCGGACAGCUGCAUGUAGUAUCCCCACUUUGGGUUCUGCUGGGAAACUGUUCCUGGAUGCUUUGGGAGACCUGAUUUUUUUUUUCCUCUGUGGAGAGAGUUUCUCGGACUUUAUAACUUUACAACAGCAGUAGGAAGGACCCGGUGGAGGUGAGCUCUGACUGGCUGUGACAGCUGAAGGCUGCUGCCAACACAGGGCUGAGGAAAGCCCCUGCUCCCACCUGUAGCCAAGACAGCCAAGAAGACCUGCUUAAUCAAGACCAGACUCUUUUCCUCCGUAUCUGGUGUUCACCCAGCAUGAGGGGUGCUCUGCAGGCUGUGGCCCUCUGGGGAAGAAAAGCUCCUCCCCACAGCAUCACGGCCAUCAUGAUCACAGAUGACCAGCAAACCAUAGUGACUGGAAGUCAGGAGGGUCAGCUCUGCCUCUGGAGCCUCUCACUUGAACUGAAGAUUUCAGCUAAAGAACUUCUUUUUGGUCAUUCGGCUUCGGUGACAUGUUUGGCAAGAGCGAGAGACUUCUCCAAACAGCCUUAUGUUGUGAGUGCUGCUGAGAACGGGGAGAUGUGUAUGUGGAAUGUGAGCAGCGGCCAGUGUGUGGAGAAGACGACCCUUCCUUACAGGCAUACUGCCAUCUGCUACUACCACUGCUCCUUCCGUAUGACUGGCGAGGGCUGGCUGCUGUGCUGUGGGGAAUAUCGAGAUGUUCUCAUCCUUGAUGCUGGAACUCUGGCUGUCCUGCACACCUUUACCUCUUUACAGUCACCUGAUUGGAUGAAAUGCAUGUGCAUCGUUCACUCUGUGAGAAUUCAAGAAGAUUCUCUCUUGGUUGUAUCUGUAACCGGCGAGCUCAAAGUAUGGGACCUCUCCUCGUCCAUCAACAGCAUUCAGGAGAAGCAAGAUGUCUAUGAAAAAGAAUCCAAGUUUCUUGACUCCUUCAACUGUCAGACCAUACGGUUUUGUACAUACACGGAGAGACUCCUGUUGGUGGUGUUUUCUAAGUGCUGGAAGAUUUAUGACUAUUGUGACUUUUCCCUUAUGUGGACUGAAGUUAGUAGAGACGGGCAAUUCUUUGCUGGUGGAGAGGUGCUCGCUGCCCACAGGAUCCUUGUUUGGACAGAAGAUGGUCACAGUUAUAUCUAUCAGCUGCUGAACAGGUGGGCUCAGAUGGGAGCGACGCUCAGAACAUUCAGUGGGCUUUCCAAAUGCACACGCCCUGCCGACGGAGGUGUCCUGAAGGGGACUGUCUACCCUCACUUACUCUGCUCCACUUCUGUGGAGGAAAAUAAGAGCCUGCACUUCGUCAUGGGCUACCUGAAUGAACGGAAAGAGCCGUUUUACAAGGUGCUUUUCUCUGGAGAAGCCUCAGGGAGAAUUACGUUGUGGCAUAUCCCAGAUGUCCCCAUAUCUAAGUUUGAUGGUUCCCCUAGAGAAAUACCAAUAACUACCACCUGGACUCUUCAGGAUAACUUUGAUAAGCAUCAAAUGGUGUCACAGAGCCUCACAGACCAUUUCUCUGGGUCCAGAGAUGAAGUGGGAAUGACGGCUACCAUCACCUCAUCAGAGUACAUUCCAAAUCUUGAUAAGCUCAUCUGUGGCUGUGAGGAUGGGACCAUUUUCAUCACUAAGGCUUUGAAUGCUGCCAAAGCUGGGCUUCUAGAAGGGGACUCUUUAUUGAAAGAUUCCCCAUGCCACACCCUUCUCAGAGGCCAUCACCAGAGCGUGACUUCAUUACUUUACCCUCACAGUCUUGCCUCGAAAUUAGACCAAAGUUGGAUGGUGUCUGGGGACCGAGGCUCCUAUGUGAUCCUCUGGGAUAUUUUUACCGAGGAAAUUCUGCACACGUUCUUUUUGGAAGCUGGUCCAGUAACAAGACUAUUGAUGUCACCAGAGAACGUGAAGCGAAGUGAUGGUCAGAUCCUCUGCUGUGUGUGUGGUGACCAUUCCGUAGCUCUCCUUCACCUAGAAGGGAGACGGUGCCUCCUACGUGCCCGGAAGCACCUUUUCCCUGUGAGGACAAUCAGAUGGCAUCCAAUCGAGAACUUUCUCAUUGUUGGUUGUACAGAUGACUCUGUCUACAUCUGGGAAAUUGAAACAGGCACUCUGGAGAGGCAUGAGACAGGCGAAAGAGCAAGGAUCAUUCUCAACUGUGGUGACGAUGCGCAGCUCAUCAGAUCUGAGCCUACACUGUCAGUGGCCUCUGAGACACACAAGCACAAAAGUGUAGAGCAGAAGCCAUCCAACUCCUACCAGCCUGGACCAGUACCCUGCCCCAGUGUGCAGCUGGAAUCUUCAUGUAAGGUUGCUGAUGCUUCAUCGGUCCCAAGACCUUUCAAUGUCUUGCCUGUGAAAACAAAAUGGAGUUACAUUGGCUUCCAUGUUCUCCUGUUUGAUCUGGAAAAUCUUUUUGAACUACUGCUGCCCACUCCCCUAAGUGAUGUUGACCCUUCUGGCUCAUUCUAUGGAGGUGACAUCUUAAGGAGAGCCAAGAGCACAGUAGAGAAGAAGACCCUGACAAUAAGAAGAAACAAAGCAUCGUGCAGCUCUCUCCAGACAGAGGCACAAACCAAGCCCGGUGGGGACAGCCUGGUCCUUGGGGACAGCACCAGUAAGUUCUCAGAGGAGAACAAUGGUAUUAAAAGACAGAAGAAAAUGAAGAGCUCCAAAAAGGCGCAUCCUAAGCCAUCCAGGAAGGUCGAUGCCAGCCUCACAAUAGACAUGGCAAAAUUGUUUCUGUCUUGUAUUUUGCCAUGGGGAGUGGAUAAAGAGCUAGACAGCCUCUGCACCAGGCAUCUCAGCAUCUUAAAGCUGCAGGGCCCCGUGUCUUUGGGACUUGCCUCAAAUGAAGACCUCUUUUCCCUGAUGCUGCCCGGGUGGGAUGCAUGUAGUACUGACAUGAAGGAGUACUCAGGGGUAAAUCUGUGCUCCAGAAAAGUUUUGGACUUGUCAAACAAAUACACAACCACUCUUCUGCACCAGACUGGAAUUCCCCGAGGCCUGGAAAGUCGCUGUGACUCUGUGCAGCAAUCAGAUGCUAUUGUGUACUUACUGAGCAGACUCUUUAUAGUUAAUAAGUUAGUUAACAUGCCUUUGGAUUUGGCCUGUGAAAUCGACAGACCCUUCAAACUGGAGACUGUACACAACAAGGCGAGAUUCCCUGGAAGUGACAUCUUGAAUAUAUCAAGCUUCUAUGGUCACCUAAAAAAUGGUAGAAGUGAAUGUCACACACCUGAGGCUGACCUCUCACUUUUGAAGCUAAUCUCUUGCUGGAGAGACCAGUCUGUCCAGGUAACUGAAGCAAUACAAGCUGUCCUCCUGGCUGAAGUUCAACAGCAUAUGAAGAGUCUGAGAAAUUCACCAGUCAGUAGACAACCAGAUCCAGUGGCAGAGCAUAGCAUCUGUGAGAGGAUGCAGAUCUCAGCCAAGAUGGAGCAGACUGAAGAAUUAGAGCUGCAGUAUGUGGGAAAGUCUUCACCUCUGAAAACUUCAGUCAGUCCGGUCAAGCAUGGCAACGACUUGAACUCGGCAAACUUCCAAGAUACAGAGGACAUUCUUGACAGAUGUGUCUUGGAAGAGUCGGAGAGUGCAGGUCAGCCAAGAAGUCGUCCAUGGAUAGCGAAGGUGUGCUCCUGCAGGAUGUGCUAGACAGAUGGAGUCCCGAAAAAGGAAUUCAAUCUGAACUAUCAGAGAAGCACGAACACACUAUCUCCUUACCAUCAAAUAAAAGCAACCUCGUCAUUGCUCUGUAGCAGAGCCGCGAAUAUGUCAGCCAAAGUCUAUUAAAAAUGUUACCACUGAUUGAGAAUAUCCAAAUCCUAAUUCAAGGCAAUGAUCGCCUAAGCGAGUCUCCUUCCUCCUCCUUAUUUUCUGUCAAUAUUUGCAACAAAGAACGCCAGCCCACAGGCAUAGAUUUAACACCAUUCCAGUUGUUCAUCUUCUCAGCUCCUGAACUGCAAGAGCCAAAGGAAUUCACAAGACUCUCAAUUCACUGUUGCUUCAAGGUAUUUAACCCAAAACCCUUACCGACUUUGCCAUGUUGAGUUAGGACAUAUUGUUUUAGUGGGUGCUUCAAUUCAGCCCAGGCCCUGCCCGUCUCAUCCUUAAACAUGAAAUGUCCUUUAGUCAAUCUUUGACACAGUAUCUAGCCGUGUGAGGUCCAAUCAGCAUGGAGCUCUAAUGACACAAUGGAGAAUGUCUUUAAUUAAAUCUUAUUAGCCUCAUAGACCUGGGGGAGGGGAUCCUACUUUCAACACAGCAGGGCUCAUCCUUUGUUAGAAUAAACAUCUGCAGUUCUUUUCCCAGAAAGAAGCUGGGCUAUUGGGAAUUCUAAAACUAAAAUAUGCAAAGCAGUAUCAACAGAAACGGAUGGAAAGUGCUCACCUGUUAAAGGGAUCUGAAUUUUGUGUUGUGAUUUUUAUUGAAUACCUAACAUAAAAAAAAAAAUCAUGAAAUAUUUUUAAAGUAUAUUUAAAUGAAUAGAAAUAUGCCCUAACUCAUAGAAAUAUGGAAUUAAAGAUAUGUAAUAUAUACAUAUAUGCAUAUAUGCAUACAUGUAUGUACACAUAUGUAUGUGUGUGUGUAGUUCAUAUAAUUUCAUACAAUUUUAAUUCUACUUUUCUAAGAAACAGCCUCAGAUCCUUGUUGAAAUACAGCAGUCAGGGGGAAAGAGAGAUUCAAAAAGAGAAAUACAUCUUUAAACUGACUUGCCCUGUAACCUUUGGGACUUCCAAUUAAUUAUUGAGCUGGGUGAAUAUAUCUAAUAUGAAUAUCAAAAACCUAUAGAGCCUUCAAAGUAGAUGAAAAUACAUCUUUCAUGUUUCCCAAAAUAACAUGUCUCUGCAUGAAGUCAAUUUUGAUUUGUACUUAAACUGUAAUAUGUUGUUAAUAGUAAUACCCAUGGAAACCAUUAUCUUCUGAGCAUUUUACCUGUUUGGAUAUGGCUAUGAGUCAUUUGAAGCAAGUUACAAACAAGUUAGGCAGUGGGGUAGAUUCUGGCUUUCAAGGCCAUCACAAGCAUUUCGAGUGAUGAAAUAUUAAAUAAGUGCAUGUCUUCUAACAAGAAAAGUUUUAAUAGUUAAAUCCCAAGUACAUAUUAAAAGUCUGGUAUGUUUAUUAAAAGUAGUUUUAUUAUUUU